AUGUCCAACCUGCUGCGCCGAACCCUCGUCCUGCUGCUGUCGGGGGCCCUGGCCGUGACCGAGACCUGGGCGGGCUCGCACUCCCUGAGGUAUUUCCACACCGCGGUGUCCCGGCCCGGCCGCGGGGAGCGCUUCAUCUCCGUCGGCUACGUGGACGACACGCAGUUCGUGCGGUUCGACAGCGACUCUGCCAGUCGGAGGGCCGAGCCGCGGGCGCCGUGGAUGGAGCAGGAGGGGCCCGAGUAUUGGGACCGGGAGACGCGGAAUGCCAAGGACAACGCACAGACUUUCCGACUGGACCUGAACAACCUGCUGGGCUACUACAACCAGAGCGAGGCCGGCUCUCACACCAUCCAGUGGAUGCACGGCUGUGACGUGGGGCCGGACGGCCGCCUCCUCCGCGGUUAUGAGCAGUUCGCCUAUGAUGGCGCGGAUUACAUCGCCCUGAACGAGGACCUGCGCUCCUGGACCGCAGCGGACACAGCGGCGCAGAUCACCCGGAGCAGGUGGGAGGCAGCAGGUGAUGCAGAGCACGACAGGAACUACGUGGAGUGCACCUGCGUGGAGUGGCUCCGCAGGUACCUGGAGAACGGGAAGGAGACGCUGCAGCGCGCAGAAACCCCUAAUACACACGUGACCCGCCAUCCCAUCUCUGACCAAAGGGUCAGCCUGAGGUGCUGGGCCCUGGGCUUCUACCCUGCGGAGAUCACCCUGACCUGGCAGCAGGAUGGGGAGGACCUGACCCAGGACACGGAGCUUGUGGAGACCAGGCCUGCAGGAGAUGGGACCUUCCAGAAGUGGGCAGCUGUGGUGGUGCCUUCCGGACAGGAGCAGAGAUACACGUGCCAUGUGCAGCAUGAGGGGCUGCCCGAGCCCCUCACACUGAGAUGGCAGCCGCCUCCUCAGCCCACCAUCACUGUCCCCAUCACGUGGAUCAUCGCUGGUCUGGUUCUCCUUACGGUCACUGUGGUGAUUGGAGCUGUGAUCUGGAGGAGAAAGCGCUCAGGAGGAAAAGGACCGAGUUACUCUCACGCUGCACGCGAUGACAGUGCCCGGGGCUCUAAUGUGUCUCUUACGGUUCCUAUGUGA